AGCGAUUGGUGAUUUCUUUUGUAAACCACAGAACCUAAUAGGUAUUCAGUGAUAAUUACGUAUAGUCGACAGAAAUGUCUAACACUACAACCGACGUUGAUCCAUUCAGCGAAACACCUAUGGAAUUACAAGAUUGCGAAGGAAUUGCAGAAGUUACCACAGAACAGAAUUUAAAGGAAGAAACAAAAACUGUAACAAAUGAAUUAACAUAUGCAGAACCUUUAACACCAGAGCAAGUACGCUGGUUUUACAGAGACGGUGUAGACAAAAGAUGGGUAGAAUUUUGUGGAUACGAUAGCUUAAGAAUUGAGAAUGCUUGGCAAAAUUAUCAAAGUUUGCUUAGCAAAAAUGAUGACAUACCUAAUAAAGUUCUUCCUAUUGAAAAAAUUGUAGUUAAAGGUGGAAUGUAUGAUGUGGAAAUUGAUAAAAUGAAAUGUAUUUCUAUAUACUGCCCAGGUGAUGAAUGGGAAAUUAUGAGAGGUACUUGGUAUUAUGAUGGUAGUUGGAUACCUUUAGAACUAGAACACUCCAAAGUCAUUGAAGAAGUUCAUCUCAAUUUAUUCCAAAAACAACCAGGCAAAUCCACUUCAACAUGCGAUACACCAUCUCACUCUUACAAAAUACUACACACCGAACAUUUUUCUGAGUUUCAUGUUGAUUGGCAUAACAUACAGGAUGUGAUAUUAUAUAGCGAAUAUAGACAUAGUAAAUUAAUGCGUAGCGUUACAUCAAAGCUGGGCUUUGCCAAAACCACAGGUUACCAGUUAAGAAGGGGUUACAAAACUGCUGCAAUAAUGGAAGACAAACCUCAUGAUAUUGAUCAUAUAGUAUUUGUAGUACAUGGAAUUGGUCAAAAAAGGGACACUGGAAAAAUUAUACGCAACACGACAUCGUUUAGAGAUUGCGUAGAUUGGCUGAAACAAAAAUAUUUUCCUAAUUCCAAUUAUAGAGUAGAAUUCUUUCCCGUUGAAUGGCGGUCAUCGUUAAAACUUGACGGCGAUAUAGUAGAAGCUAUUACACCUUAUAGCGUAUUAAGUAUACGCCAUUUAUUAAAUACAUCGGCAAUGGAUAUUCUCUACUAUACAAGUCCUCUUUACGGCGGGGAAGUAAGGGCUGGUUUACAAAAAGAAUUGAAUAGAUUAUACUUUAUGUUUGCUAGUCGACAUCCCGGUUGGAAAGGAAAGGUUUCAAUUUUAGCGCAUUCUCUAGGAUGUGUAAUUGUUUACGACAUUGUCACAGGUUGGAUGGGUCCGGAUACAAGACCUCCAUCCCCAGAAACACAGGAAGUAUUACUACAACGGCUACAGUUUCCGAUUGAAAAUUUAUUUUGUUUGGGUUCUCCGUUAUCUGUAUUUCUUGCAUUACGUACACGCGCUCCAUCCAACAGAACAGAUGUGAUGCCUCAAGGUUUAUGCACAAGGUUCUACAAUAUAUUUCACUGGUCUGAUCCUGUAGCUUAUAGAAUGGAACCACUUCUAGAAAGAGGAUAUAGUAAAAUUGAACCAGUUCUUAUUCCACCUUACGGAGGAGUCGAGCGUCAGCAGAUGGAACAGUCUCCUUCGACGAUAAAUAGCGCUGACCAAGCGUUUCCUCCUACAGUAGAGAACGAUGAAAGGGAUGAAAGUCCAGAUAUCUCUAGCCGCGCUUCGGAUAAAGGCUGGAGCCUUUGGGGUUUAGUGCGGGCGGGGUGGAAUGCUAAAGAAGAUGCUUCUAUACCGCUUCAACCCGGCCAAGAAUUAGCGCAGCGGUGGGAUUAUGUACUUCGAGCAAGUUUGGGGCGGAAUUAUCUCUACACGGUAGCAGCGCAUACAACAUAUUGGAGUAACUAUGACGUAGCCUACUUUGUGCUGACGAGACUCUUCCCAACAUUAGAAACGUGAUGUUGGUUUGUACAUUUAGUAUUGUAUUUAAAUAGAUUUUAUUGAAAUUUACUAGUCCACUGUAGGCCUUCGAGAUCUAAUUGAAAGUAGGCCUACCACCAAAACAAUCUGUGAUAAUGAAAAAUCGAUACAAUAAUGUUAUAGAUUCUAUCUACAUUAAUCAUUUUAUAUCGCUCGCAUAAUUUAAGAUUAAUAUGGUCGAGUUUCACGAUAAAAAAUGAAUAAAUGUUUUUAUAUAUCUUACGAGGUAGUUUGUUCGCGUUUAUUAAAUUCAAAUAAUUAUGUAAACAAUUACACGAGUAGUCACACACUUUCAUUUAUUCGCACCGUGUUUAUCGUCUAAAAGACCGAUUUUAUAACUUAUGUUAAACACGAUAAAUAUAGUUUAUGUAAAAUGUUUACUUAAAUGCCUCACUAAGUAAUUACCAUAAAUAUCGAACAAUGUAGCUAUAAUAUAAAAACUGUUUUGUAUUAGACAAUUUAUAUUAUUAAGAAAUUGUUAUUUCUUAUCCCUGUUAUAUAUUGAGAUAGACAAAUAAUAUUAACUUUUCAUGUUCAACGAAUAGCUUUAAUAUAACAUAUUACUAUUGUGCUUAAAAAAAGUGCUAAAAAUAUUUCAGUUAUCAUAUCGUAAUUAAUAAUUAUAAAUAGUUCGUAUUACGAUGAAGUUUCGUAAUAUUACUUUACGUUGAGAGGUGCAAGUUUCAGCUAACACUUUUUACAAUGCAAAAAGAGUAUUAAUCUUUUUUAUAAUAUUAUAUGUUUGAUCACAUUUACACAAACUUAAUAAAUUGAUUUUUUAUAGACUAAGAAAAAAUAGAAUACAUGUAUUUGGUAGAAUGCAAUUUUAUAUACAUUACCAAAACUCAAGAUUCAUAUUAUACGUAAAAUUAUCAUCGUUACCACUUACAAUUAUCUAUAGAUGAAACCUAUAGACAUUAUUUGUUUGUCACUGGUUGUAAUAUUUUUGAAGAAAGAAACAACUUGUAAUGUUUUAGAUGGGAUUCCUGGUAUAAAGAAUUAGUUCUUUUUUUCUUGCUUUACUUUAAAGUACAAAGUGAAACUCGCCCCCAUAUUUUGAAAGUUUACUUAAGAUAAUAUAAAAAGAAACUUGAUUAAUUAAAUUGACCAAGAAUUUUGCACAAAAAAAACAAAUUGACAUUAACAUUUGUUGAAUUGCAUUCAUACCUUCAUUGCUUCUAAUAAGAAAAAAACAUGUUUACAAUUAUUUGUUAAUACCUGUUAAAUGGUAAAUGUUUCUGUUACAAUAUCAUAACGUUAACAUUGUACUGUAUUAAUACUAACUGUAGUGUAAAUCAAUAGUGUUACUUGUAAUAACAUUUGUAAAUGUAUUAUAAUAAUUUUUGUUAUAAAUUGU